CGUGAGGCGGCGGCUGCAGCUACAGCCACCCUCCCACACAGCAUGUCGGGCACCCGGGCGUCCAACGACCGCAGCAGCCACCCCGCCGCCGGCGGCGGGCUGAAGCGGGCGCGCAGCGAGCCGGGCGGUAACAAAGUGACCGUGGUGCUGGGGGCGCAGUGGGGGGACGAAGGCAAGGGCAAGGUGGUCGACCUGCUGGCCACCGAGUCGGACAUUGUGUGCCGGUGCCAGGGUGGGAACAACGCAGGCCAUACUGUCGUUGUUGAUGGGAAAGAAUAUGAUUUUCACCUAUUUCCUAGUGGCAUCAUUAAUCCAAAGGCAAUUUCUUUUAUUGGUAAUGGAGUGGUUAUACAUUUACCAGGCCUGUUUGAAGAAGCUGAAAAGAAUGAAAAGAAAGGUUUAAAAGAUUGGGAGAAAAGACUGAUUAUAUCAGAUAGAGCACAUAUAGUGUUUGACUUUCACCAGGCAGUAGAUGGGCUCCAGGAAGUGCAGCGUCAAGCACAAGAAGGCAAAAAUAUUGGCACAACGAAGAAGGGGAUUGGACCAACAUAUUCUUCCAAAGCUGCACGAACAGGCCUUCGGAUUUGUGACCUCCUUUCUGACUUUGAUGAAUUUUCUUCAAGAUUUAAAAAUCUGGCACAGCAAUACAAGUCAAUGUUUCCCUCAUUGGAAAUAGAUACAGAAGGACAACUGAAAAAGCUAAAGGGAUAUGCUGAAAAAAUAAGACCCAUGGUUCGAGAUGGUGUGUAUUUUAUGUAUGAAGCUCUUCAUGGCUCUCCAAAGAAGAUCCUUGUUGAAGGAGCCAAUGCAGCAUUACUUGAUAUUGACUUUGGCACGUAUCCCUUCGUGACCUCAUCGAACUGCACCGUGGGCGGUGUGUGCACCGGGCUUGGUGUCCCUCCCCAGCACGUGGGUGAUGUGUAUGGAGUGGUGAAGGCCUACACCACUCGUGUGGGAAUUGGAGCCUUCCCCACCGAGCAGAUUAAUGAAAUUGGAGAUCUUUUACAGUCCCGUGGCCACGAGUGGGGAGUAACUACAGGCAGAAAGAGACGCUGUGGCUGGUUAGAUCUUGUCAUUUUGAAAUAUGCUCAUAUGAUCAACGGAUUCACUGCUUUGGCAUUAACAAAACUGGAUAUUCUCGAUGUCCUUGAUGAAAUUAAAAUUGGUGUUGCCUACAAAUUGGGUGGAAAAAGAAUUCCAUAUUUUCCAGCCAAUCAGGAGAUACUACAGAAAGUGGAAGUAGAAUAUGAAACAAUGCCUGGGUGGAAGACAGACACAACUGGAGCACGAAAAUGGGAGGACCUCCCACCCAAGGCCCAGAAUUACAUCCGUUGUGUGGAAAACCAUGUUGGCGUGCCAGUUAAAUGGGUUGGAGUUGGGAAAUCAAGAGAGUCGAUGAUCCAGCUGUUCUAAACAAAUGAAGAACUCCAGUGAUGAGAAGCACAACGAGGCGUUCAUCAGUCCCUUACUGCUUCCCUCUUUAAAUGGAAAUGCUAUUUAAAACAAACAUAUUCUUCUAGGAAUUGAAUAGAAACACAAUAUAUAUUCUGUAUUGUAACAUUUUAUUUAUCUUUAAGUUCUCAGUAAAUUCAGUGUAAAAUUUCCUUGUUGGCCAUCUUUUAAAAAAGUCCAAAAAGUAUUCCUAACAAAAUAAGGAAAUUUUUUUUUAUUUGAUCCUUGUUACUAUUUGGAAGUACUUUACACCUAUAUAGAGUUACUUCUUGCUGAAACCAGUAUUAAGCCUUUUCCAGUAGCUACUGGGUAACUUUAGAAUUGUGAAACUUGGAUUUGUUCUUCAACUCCAAAUGUUAAAACAUCUGUAUAUCUGGGUUGGCAGUACUAAGACAGGUACCAUGCACUGAAAUUGGUUGAAUUAUAAAGAUUUUCAGUUUCUAAAAUACAGCAAAGUUAGGUAGGUAUUGUUGACUGCACAAAGGAAAGCAAACACAAUUAUCUAUAAUUUUUGUAUAAUUACUUUUAAUAGCCUACUGAAAUGAAUGGAAAGCAGCUAAAAUAUAUUUCUUAUAAAGCCUAUUGUAGGAACUGAGAUAACAUCUGUAGCGGGGCCAGACUGGAGAAAGCUGACCUGUCUAAUAAUGCUUUGAACUAUCCUGUGUACUAACAGCCUGGAGACUGUCAGGUGUGCAGCCUUUAUUUUAAGCAGUAGGGAAAGGAGUGAGUGAAGGUAGAAGGAAGCGAGUCCUCAAGUUACAAAACACACAGGGAGAGUGGAGCUGAGACAGCACACUGCGUUUUCUCCAUGAACCUGAGACAUUUCUUCCUGCUAGUGCUGUGACUGUAGUUUCCAGAGUUUUACUGUAGUACUCUGUUGAGGAACUUGUGACUUGCAGUUCUGUAAGGCACUCACUUCCACAGCUCCUGGGUUUCCAAGAAUAAAUCAAGGCAUGACUCAAUGAUGACUGCUGCAGUAUUUACACCCCUCACUCAUUUUGACCUUCCUCAGCAAAAUGUAAUGACUAUUUAUAGACGGGGAUGACAUGUGACAGCAAGGGUUGGGACAUGUAGAAACCAUGGAGAGAUCCCAGAAUCUUCAAGAAUACACUUGGAUUUCUUUGUGGAUCUUCUAAUUUAUAAUGGUUAUGCAUCAAGAGCUCUCAAAAAACUCCUCUUGUAGAGGAAAAAGAAUACACUAGAGAGGGGGUUAUUCCUUAUCUGUGAAAUUUUCCACGUAAAUGUUCCGUUUCUAUAUAUGCGUCAGAGAGCUAUGACAAUAUUUUUGUAUCAUUUCCAAGGGCUGUGGAAAUGGCAUCACAACCUCAGUAAUGCCAUUAUGCAGUGUGUGAAAAUAUCCCUUUUCUGAGAUGGUAACUCCAGGGGUGCAAACGAUGACACUCUUGGCAUUCCAGAUGGGGGAAAAGGAAAACCUGUCCAGAGAAUCUUGUGUCCUACUCAUCCCAUAUGUCAUUUCUCACUCAAUAUUGAAUAGCAGAUAAUGUUCAAAGCCAUUUGUGUCAAGCAGGACUUAUAAAAGUACCAGUACAAAGCACUAAAUGUAACUGUGUAUGGUUGUAUUGCUGCUUGUAAGGCAGAACUCUGACACCCUCCAGCUGCGGUGCAGUCUCUUCGUGCCCCAGUUCAUCACGGACUCUGGCCCUUUUUCUCCAACA